GACUUGUCGUAUUCGCAAUUGCUGAUGGAGUGUAAUUUCAUUCUCACGGCCAUAGAAGAUGUUGCUGAAGAGCUUAGCUGUUUGUUUCUUGGGAACAAUUGUGAGUGCUGAUUGGACAUUCAGUCCUGUGGAUUACUUUCAGCAGAAUGCAGACUCCUCGCUUGUAACUACGGACCUCGACAACUUUGGAUUGGACUCAUCCUACACUUGGGAUUCACUUUUAGCGGAGCUUGAAGAGAAGUCCGUUGAUGGUACCUACUACAAGUUGCUAUUCAUCCAGAGACACGGAGAGGCAUGGCAUAACGUUGUCAAGGACUCGGUUUCUGACGAUGAAUGGGACCAAAUUGGAAUCUAUAACACCUAUGGAAACAUCACGCUGUUUGACGACGACUUAACGCCAACCGGUGUGUCUCAGAUUGAAAGUCUCUCGCAGAAAUGGCAAGCACUUAUUGCCAACGGUGCUCCAUACCCAGAAAGCCAUUACACCUCUCCACUACAAAGAACCUUGCAUACUCAUGAGCUCACGUGGGGUGCUGGUCAGACAGCAGAGGUUGUUGAGAAUCUCAGAGAGAGAUACGGUGUCUACACUCCCUAUGAGCGUCAUUCCAAGUCUUGGAUCGCCUCAAACUACCCUAUUGUCACUUUUGAACAUGGGUUCACCGAGGCUGAUGAAUUAUGGCAGGCUGAUGUCAGAGAGAAGAAGAAACAUGUUACUCAACGUUGUGUUGAAUUCUUGAAUUAUCUUUUCUCUACAGAUGAUAGUCUCACAGUGUCAUUGACAACUCACUCAAAGACCAUCACUAAGCUUCUUGGUGCCAUAGGCAUCGACAAUGUCGACCUCGAGCCUGGUCAGAUGUACCCGGUAGUUGUGAAAGCCACCGGUGGUGAGGUUAGCUUCUCUGUUGAAUCUCAGCAGUCAUCUUCUGAAUCUCUUUCCGAGUCUAUUUCGGCAUCCUCAUCUCAGUCCUCUUCAUCUUCUGAAAGCGUGUCGACUUCUGUUACAUCUGUGGAAAGUUCUUCAAGUGUCUGCCUUGCCUUCAAAUCCUCCUCCACAACUACUUCAUCCGUUGAACCAUCUUCCACAACAUCCAUUGAGUCGAAUAUUGUUUCACCAGCUGCUUCAUCAACUGCUUCGUUAACAUCUAAUGAGCAAACCACUGACAGCUACAGCACCAGUGAUUCUACCACUUCAUCAAGCGUAUGUAAAGCUUUCAAGUCUUCGUCCAGUACAAUGACUUCUGAUUUCACAUCCUCCUCCUUGAGCACAGCUAGUCAAUCAUCCAAUGAGGUUAAUGGCACCUCUGUGUUCACUUCAUCACCAUCUUCCUCCCUAAGUUCCACUUUUGAGGAAUCACCAACCACUGCUGAUAGUGCCUCUUUGAUCAGACCAUCCACGGUUUCCGAGGAAUCACCAUAUUUCACUGGUUACCUCGUUGAUGGAGAACCACACUUUGAAUUGCACUUACCUGGAAACUUGGGACCUUGGUCCUCAUUGGAGUUUACAGGCUCAAACGGAAACACAUCAUACACAAUUUCUCAGUUUAUUGUCACAGUUGAUGAUGCUCGUCUUGAGGUGGAGGGAUCUAUCACAGAAAAUACAUUUGCCGUUAAGCUUGAUGGUUCUAUCGAACAAAACCAAGAAUUGGUUGCCUCUAUUACUGGACAUGCCACUGGCAGGGCACCAUACUCCCAGCAUUUGCAAGUUUCCAUCACAUCAGAAGUGAGAAAUAGAUUCUUCAAGAGAGAGGUUACCGUGUUAGAAUUUGACUUCUCCAUUGAAGAAAAUGCACUGUCCUCAAGUACUUCGACUCUUUCUUCUGAGUCUGCUCCACAAUCUUCAUUAUCGGUUGUUUCAUCCAGUGUUAGUGAUGCAUCUCCUUUCACCACUACUGAAAACUUCCUUGUCACUGAGACCAAAUUGAACAAUGUUACACUGACUUCUACAGUUCCAUGUACAACAGUGACUUCAGUGGAUGCCUCUGGUGAAACAAAGACUUUGAUUAUUUCUGGAACUGCAACAUCCAAUGUUAUCAUCACUACAACCACGGAAGAAGGUUUGGUAAAGACUCUCACCACAACUGUCCCAUGUACCACUUCCGGAAGUUCUGAGAAGAGUAAAGAUAGCGAUGAGACAUCUGGCUUUGAAGUUUAUGAAACUACAUCUACAACCAGUGUUCCUGGUUCCCAGGCAUCAGCAGGGGCUUCUGAUGUCACCAAACCAGGUAAAACCACAAAGGUUACGGUUGCGGAAUCAUUGUACGAUUCUAAAACAACUUCUGUGCAAACCACCAAAGCCACAGGGGACCAAGCUGUAGGUACUACGGCCGACAACUAUCCUUCUUCUGCAGUCAGCACCUCAGCCAUUGUCGGCAGUUCAAUCUCCACUGUUCCAUCUGCCUUUGAAGGUGCUGCUGUUUCUCAAACGGCAAAUGGCUCAGUGUUGAUCUCCUUUGUUUUGGCCAUUGCCAGUUUGUUAUGAAGCACCACUGUAACUCAACAGUGUCUUUGUCACUAUACUGUUAGUCUUAAUAGCUAUACUUAGAAUAUCUGUAUACCCUCUCCAACUUUUGAUAUGUGGG